AUGUUGCUCAUUGGGUAUUUGGUUCGACAGGAAACUGCAAUUGCUGCAUUGCAAGAAAGAGUCGAACAGUUGACAAGAAAAUUAUCCCGAGAAAGGAGACGGGCAAGUAACCACACUUUGGACAUGUCUGUUUCUUCUGUAACACCCGAGACCGAAAGCGAAUCCAUUGUGUUAAACUUACUUGAAGAAUUGUCGAAAGCAGCCGCUGUCCACAGUACGGAUAGUGACCGCAGAAGACUUGAUGACGUUAUUACCCACGUGAACAGAGGCGUAGGAAGCUUCUAAAAGUUGGAGGGGGCCAGGCUUUGAGGGGCACUUUUCGAAUAAAAAAGGGCAUCUAAAAAAUUUUUCCCGGAAAUGUUGGCGACGGGGGGGGGGGGCAAAAGGGCACUUUGCUCCCUUUUUAUUAAACAUAUUUUGUCAUUUUCAAAAAUUUUUGAUGAAAAAUUCGCGCGUUUUGUCGAAAAGUUUGAUGUAAUUAUUUAUUUAAGGUAUAUUAGCUAGUUAUAAACCUCGGACGAUCAAAGAAAACCGACACAAAUGAGAUAUAACAUAUCUUAUACACCUAUUUCAAUUAAAGUUGUCACUGAGACAAUAGUCAGAGUGUACAAUAUUUCAAUUAAAGUUGUCACUGAGACAAUAGUCAGAGUGUACAAUAUGGGCGUUAAAAGGAUGGUGGGAAUAAUCACAGAUUUAAAUAAGUCAUCUAGGUUGUCGGCGACCCUAUAUAUAUAGUGUCGUUUUCAAUUUGAAACUUUACAACAUUAUAACAGAAAUUAUGCCUUGUCACUAAUAUUAUAUGGGGCAAUAAAUAAUAUUACAUAACUCUCGUCAUUCUUUAAUCGUAAAGUAUUAGAUUUAAACCCAGCAUUUUUACUGUUGUAACAGUUCGCGCGCUACCACGUCAUAUCGACAUGUGAUUAAAGCUAUAAACCACGCUUGAAAAGCUAUUCAAUUAAUAAGCAUGUCUUAUAGCGUUCGUCUUUGAAACACUGCACUAUCUUUGGAUCCCUAGUUGUUUUAUUGUUCAUAUUUAUAAUGAAUUCCAAUUAAAUUCCAGUUGCGAAGUGAAGUACAUUUUAGACCAGUUGCCUAUGUUACCUUAGUCCAAGUAUGGCUGACAAACUGCUAAAACGACGCGAUAAAAACUGGAUAAAAGCCUUUAGUUUCAUUGCAAUAGAUGCUUUAAUUUCUACUCAACAUAGUCUAUUAAUAUAUAUUGUCUGGAAUUAGUUCGUUAAUAUGAUUGUCUGGAAUCCAGGCAAACUUCAAAGCCACAAAAAUAUUGAUGUUGAACUGUACCUCACCGUGCAGAAAUCUUUUGUCCCAACUUUAUUAAAUACAGGGUGUACAAUUUUGAAACGGCUCUCAAUUUCACAAAUCCGUUCAUUUCAUGAAUUUUUGAAUAAAUAUAGAUUGUUUGGGUACUUAUUAUGAUGACAUGUAGAAUAAACAAAAAUAUUUCGUAAAGAUAAAUUUUCUGGAGCAGGGGGUGUCUUGUUUAGCAGCAUUAAAAAUGGCUUGCGCGCAAAGUUUUAAAAGUUUAAAACACAUUUUGGAGUUCAUGGGCGACAAAUGUGUUAUGUGAUUUAUCAAUGGUCCAAAUAUCAGAAAAUUUACUCGAUUUUAAGUCCUUUAAAUAGCUGCUGAAAUUUCAUUUCUUGGCACUAAUGCCUAUCACGCAUGCUUUAAAAAAAGUAAAAAACGUCUUAGAAAAAUUUUGUAACAUUACUUUGCUACUCUUUUCAGGUGGUAUAGUAUUGAUAUCAGGCACUGGCUCAAAUUGUCAGUUGGUUAAUCCAAAUGGUGACGUACAUGGAUGUGGUGGAUGGGGACACAUGUUGGGGGAUGAGGGAUCAGGUGGGUUGAUAACAAGGUUCCAGGUUUUGUUCUUUGAAUAUACACUGUUAAUUCAAGAGAAUCAAAAUGAACUCAAAAGAGUCGCUCUGGGGCCACGUUUGACCACAGAACGACUGGCCCCAACUUUGACACCCAGAUGGACUGGAUCGCCGAUGCUACUGCUCAAACGAGAGAAAACGCUCGUCAGCUGUCAUCAUCUCUCAUUAAAAUUAGAACUUUGGUGGCACAGUCGUCAGCAAGCGCCUUUCACUUCUGAGUUGGAAUCAUGUGAAAAGAGUCAGUCGACGCUCUGCCAAAAGUCGUGGAUUUUUUCCGGGCGCUCCGGUUUCCUCCCACAGGGAGAGUUAACAGGGUGGGUUUGGAUAAAAACAGUAAAGAAAAUAAUCACAAUUGUUGUAAAGAUAAAUAGUCUAGGCUAAGUAAGUAACAUAAGUAAGCGCAAUACUUGAUGUAAUCGGUCACUGGAGUUAACUCAAUAAUGUAAUGCAAUGCGAUGCGAAUUGGCGGUCAAACGCGAGCGAGAGUUCGAACUCUCGAUCAUCAACUCUCGUCCUUGCUUGACCUGGGCUUUUAUCUUUAUCUUGUGUAAGCAACCACUACUUUGAACUUCUGGUGAAACAAUCCCACCCGUACAGGGAGUCACCUUUUUCCUCUAUGACGUAAACAGGCCAUAUUUUUUAAAAUCACGAUAGUUGACAAAUGGUUUUCAAAUCGAUAACUUUGUUUUUUCUGAUCGAUGUAGGUUAUUGGAUGAGCCAUAUGGCAAUAAAACUGGUAUAUGAUGAUAUAGAUGGAUUAGUAAAAGCUCCCUUUGAUGUUACUUUCAUCAAAGAGGCCAUGUACAAGUUUUUUCAAGUAUGAGAAAUGAUAAAUAAAAUAUAACUGAACUUUAAAGCGAUAUUGAAUUUAAGGAUUUUAGUUAAUUUGUAUAUAGUAGCCUAUAACUGUCCUUUUUAUUUCUCUUGCGUAGUUGGAAAGACGUUUUGAUAUCUUGGACCAUCUCUAUAGAGAUUUUAACAAAGGAAAAGUUGCUCAGUUCACGUCGGUUGUAGCAGAAGGUUUGACUAUAUAUAUAUAACUAACCUGCAUUAACAUAUUAAACUAAUUAAUUGCUAAACUAAUUAAUAAACUGUUUAACCAUGCAUUAACGUAUUAAACUAAUUAAAUGAACUAAACGGCUUUAUUUAAAUGGUAGUAGGCCUACUUAUCAGUUUCAGAACCAUCCUAAGAUAUAGAAAACUAGUUUCAUAUUUAUUCUGACACUGCAGAGACCAACGAAAAAUUCCUUUUCCCGAGCGGGAUUCGAACUCGCAUCUUAUCAAAGUUCCGAAUAAUUGUAGAGCAUUUAAUAAUAAGUUGGUAUUUUAAUACAAUUAUUGUUCAUUUUUAGCAACUUAUUCAAUUGAAAAAUAAAUCAUCACUUUGGGUAAUAUUUCGCCGAAUCCCCCUCGCUCCAGGUCAAUAAAUGAUAAAAAUGAAAGGUUGACAAUGAAACUAACUUUUUUUGUUAGGAGCGUCAAAACACGGCGACCCUCUAUGUAAAUAUGUAUUUAAAGAAGCUGGUGUGCGAUUGGGACAUCAUAUUAAUGCCCUGGAGGGAAAAGUUCAUGAGGUAUUCAAAAUUUUAUGUCAUUUAGAGAAACGGUGUGUAAAUAUAAUUUAUUUAUAAAAAACGUAUAUUCUAACAGUUUCUUAAUCGUUUCACAACAGCAACUGGCAAAAUCUGAAGAUGGUUUGAAAGUACUUUGUGUUGGUUCAGUGUUUAAAAGUUGGGAACUCUUAAAAGAAGGUAAUUAUUGGAAUAUGAUUUAUUUAACAACAUUUAUUAAUGGUUAUAGAGUGCACGUGACACGAAAUAAUUCAAUACUUUAUAUUCACCAUGCAUGGCACCUAUGAAAACAAUAAUACAUGGAAAGCAGAAAAAAGUCUACCAAAUUUCAUUUAAUUUCAUUGAAUCACUUCUGAUAUAUUAGACUUUCUUCUUUUUGUUGCCAUCUUAAGAACAACUAGAGACGUCAUAAAACAAAAAUAUAAAAUACCCGUUAACUUGGGAACAAGAAGAGUUCAAGG